UUGACAGCCGGCUUCUCCAAUCACACGGCAUCUGGCUCCGUGGCCUCGUUACGCGUCUCGUCCUCCCGGAUAUCUUUCAAGAUGCCAGGCCUUUUGUCCAGCCCUGUGUUUCUGACGUUCAUCUGCUUUUUCUCAUGGUCACUGCAUCCCAGUGGAGCUCGGACUCAGCCUAAUGAAGCGUCGGACGUGAAGUAUGAGCCUUUGGACUCAAAUGUGACACUGGCAUGCGGAAAUUCUCAAAUCAGGUUACCCGUGGUGUGGCACCUCAACAACAGCUCAGUGUUGCCAUGGCACAAAGUGACAUCAGACGGAAGAUUAGUCCUCUUGAACGUCGCCCAGUCAGCGCAGGGCGACUACAGCUGCUAUGACAACAGUGGGCUCCUCCUCCAUUCUGUCCGACUCAGGCUAGGCUAUCCCCCAGGAGAACUGAAAAUUUCCUGUCAAGUGCCCAAUUACACACAUGUUCGGUGCUCCUGGAUAGAGUCUGUAAAGACCUUCCUGCCAGCCAAUUACAGUGCCUUCAUCUGGGGCAAUGUUAAGAACCGGCUGCCGUGCGUCGUGAAUGUCACCAGCAAGCACUGUGAUGUAAACACCGAGACCUUCUGGCAGACCCACCACACACUUGAGGUCAAUGAGACCAAUGCUCUCGGGUCCUGGACAACAUACAGUCGAUUCAGGCUACACGAUCUAUUGAAACCCAACCCCCCAGAGUCACUUAGGGCUAAGGCACAGGAGGGCUUUCCGAAAAAGCUGAUGGUCUCUUGGAACUAUCCCUCUUCCUGGCCGAACCAUUCUGGUUUCCCUCUUCUGUUUCAGAUGAGAUACAGGCCCCUAGGCUCUGAGUACUGGUCUGAGAUUUGCUCUGAAGACAGCGAAGUUGAGAUAUUUGAUGCCUUGGCUGGCCAUGCCCACCAGGUUAUGGUUCGAGCCCGGGAUGAGGUGAACUCAGGGAGCCAGUGGAGUGAAUGGACCCACAUCAUUCUCGUGAAACCCUGGGAAGAUCCCUCCAUCCCUGGCCCUGAAGAGACAGUCGAGUUUCCAGAUGACCUUUUUACCUUCAGCACGAAGCCUGAAACCUCCACCACAAAGUCCCACAAUCCCAACCCCGAGGAUGAAGGUAAUUUGGGUCUUGUGAUUCUCCUGGUUUUGUUCUCCGUGUUCAUCCUCACCACCAUUCUUUCCCUCGUCUUGGUCGUAUGGGUGAGACGGAGGAGGAAGGAACCUGCCACCAAACAAGAACUAACCUCUAUGGUCAAGAUGAAGUCGAUGCCAAUCUGAGGACACUCGCACAAAGCAGCUGUUAUGUUUCAAGGCUCACCCGAGGCGUCUCCUACCUUCUGGUUCCACCAGCGGGUCAGCGGCCGGCCUUCACCCACAUUCUCUCACACACUAAAGCAGGACAACAGGGACAGAGCCGUUGAGGGCUCAGCUGCCCAACAGUUCACAUCCAUCGGAGGGGGGGGGGGUGAGUUUUGCAAGACAUCUUUGUGUCUUUUAAUGACACUACCCAUAAUGCAUCAGCGGACACCCAACCACUGAGAAAACGGACCUGACCAUGUUCACUCCAGUGGCGUUUAGCCCUCAGCGGACACCAGGAGGGCUUCAGGUGGAUUGACUCUCCGGCCUAUUUGGCAACGUGUGCCUUUUUUUUAACUUCAUGAGCAACAAAUAAGGACACACAGAGAGAACAUAGGAUUCCAUUUAAGGGACGACCCGUCUCUUCUCCACCACCAACAACCUUUCAUUCUUUUGUUUGAGUUUCUUUGCAAAGGAGGAACAGACUACGCGUCCAUUUUUUUUUACAUUGACGACCUUCCGACUCAAUGCUGUGAACGAAGCACGACCUCUGCCAGUCUGUGUGUGUGUUGUGUACGUGUGUGUGCGUGUGUGUGUGUGUCUGAUGCCAAAGCAGCAACAGUGGGCAUUACAGCCUCUGGUGGAGCAGAGGGCAGUCUGUGCCCUGCUCCCGGGCCAAGGGAGGUUAUGCACUUACAAGAUCCAGGGGGGGCAGAUUGGGUGAUUUGGACUCUCAUCAUGUUGAAUGAUUUUACGCUGCAUGUUAUUCCUGUCAUGUGGUCUGGUAUUUGAAUUACAGUUAGUCUUUUGCUUCUUUUGUUUUACCUCUUCCUGUCAAUCCAUCCACUGUUCAUAGUUGAGAAAGAGAAAGCGGGAGAGAUACUGGCCUUUCACAAAUCACCAGCAUUUUGACAUUUCCUAGGAGUUUUAGUUAGAAUUUAAAUAUAGAUCAUGAGAUGAUCAGCUGUCCAGUGUUGACCGCGGAUGAAAGAAAGGUUGAAGGUUGAAGCAAGUCACAGUCUCUUUAGAAGCAGCAUCUGGUUGAAUAAAUCAAACCCAGUUUUUUUUUUUUUUUACUGGGUGUUUUAACGCGUUGAACAUUUUCCAAUUAAAAAUUUUUUCUUUCGACUCAAACAUAAUUUCUACAAAUGAAACAUGAAAUUGAUUAAUCCAACCCAAAAAGCUAGAACUAAAAAUAUUAUUAAUAAUGAUAAUAAGAAACUUUUUUAUACUAAAAACAAUGCAGUAAAUUCAAGGAAUGACAGUAUUUAGUUGUGUAGUGAAACAAUUUUUAACUUGUUUGCUUCAUUAUAAACGGGGAAAAAAAGUUGUUUCACCUAUUAAAUAGGGGGGAAAGUGGGUGGACAUAAUGCAUUAAACAUAAGAAUGAAUUAAAUAUUGUAAGUGCUUUGGCCCCCAUGAAAGACAGCAGGAAAUGGUUUAAGUCUUGUUGGAAAGUACACAAAGUAUGGCUUAAGUCUCCCAGAGACGGCUACGGGUUCUGCUGUUUGGCCCUCCCCACCCAGUGCUAAUGUAAGUUUCUGUCAAAGCAAACAAAUGGAAGUGGGAGCGUAAAGGACAGCGGAUAAUGGUCAAUAUCUUUCGGAGCCGCAGGUUUUCUCUAUUUCUGCCUUGUGGCUCCUCUUGACAUGAGUGAGGCGGUUUGCGGACGGCUAUGUUAGCAUGUGGUCGCGAACGCCGCAGCAAAUAACAUGGUGUCGGCAAGCUGCAGAUAUUUGGCAUUUUUGUUAGGGGAGCAGUGAAUGUUGAGAGGAUUCGAACGGUCCCACGGACACAAAUCAGCCACAGAAAAAAAGGAAGGCCUGGAGCACAGGGAUGGGCCCCGGUUUCACGACUACAACACAAGUCAAAAGGGGCCAUAACCAUGAAAAACCCGCGCACACCUUGACGACUUCAAGUUAGCAUGUUAGCUACGUUUGUGGCUAGAUAUAAUUUCAAAUUGUCUGUCGCCUCCAUUUAUUUUCCAUCUCUGAGGAGAGGUGGGCGCAGUCUCUGUGUAAACGCCUGUUGUGUGCAGGAAAACGUGUGCACAUGUUUAUGUUUGUGUCACCCAAGUAGUCAUUUACUGGUCAGUUAAGCCCCGGGUACACGCAGCUAAGCGUGUACGUGGUCAAGUUAGCAAAAGCAAUUCGCAUCCCGCCAACUCGUGCAAACCGUUGGACUUGUGCACGGCCAGCACAUGCCGUCUAAAUAUACCUCUAAAACCGUCAUAAACCAUGUGUGCUGACUAACUAGCUGCUGCAGAUGGACUUAAGAGUUAGUUUUUUUUUCUUUUUCUCAUUCUUCUCCGUUGUACUUGUCUUUUUUUCUUUAUUUCUUUCUUUCUCUCCCCCCCUACUCGGUGGUGGUUCUGUCCUGCUCCGACUAAAGUUGUUUUAUUGACUCAUGUGUGUCUUUUAGAAAGAAACACAAGGUGCAUUUAAGUCAGACUCUCUGGUUUGACAACUGUAUGUUCUCUAAAGCUAGCUCCACAUAUUAUGCAUGGUUCCAGUUGAAGCUUACGUGUAUAUUACUAUUGUAUAUCCACACGUACGGUAUACUGUAUGUGGUGUUUAUGAAUCUGUUUACCGGGGGUAGCCUGACAGACAUGGUUUGCUCAGUCUCAAAUUCGAUCUUAACACUCCGAUAAAAGAUAUUUUACUAGUUCGUUAUAGGUAAAGUCACAGCAUUGAAACAAAUGUACUUAUUAAGGACUGAGGAUUGUCCAUGUCUGCGAGGCAUUCCUGGUGUCAUAUAUGUCUUUCUCCCCAGUUAUAUGAAGCUGUUACUGUACGGUUACUGUAUGGACAAUGUGAUUACUGAGUCGGUCUUCAUCUAACAUGCUGUACUGUUGUGCACAGCUUAUUUCCUCAGUCAGGGGGGGGCUUAAAUGUUUUUGUUUUUGUUUCCCACGACAAUUUAUCCUGAAAAGUCGCAUCAAAUUCUGAAAGGGAGUUCCUCUUCUCUGUGCGUUGGGCUGAAUGAAAAUGCUGCUGCUUGUUCACGUCCUGAACGGACGCAAAACUACACAAGAAUGUACAUCUGAGAGACAGGAGCCACUUUUUUCACACUUCACUCAGUCCGCAUGCAGCUUUUACUCCAGCAAGACAGAUCAGAUCUGAGCAGAGCAGUUUAAUUGACCUUUGACCCCUUUGGUCGUCUGUACUGUGUUCACUCAGUCACCUGUGCGGGUAACACUCUUCUGUUUGACUCUGGUGGCGUCUUCUGUGUCUCUUUGGACAGAUUUCUGUCCCGUUCUUUCCACAUUCUCCUGCAGUAUUUGUUAGUAGAUGGAGCCUGUGGGGUUUUAGUUUUUUAAUGACUCGAAUUACACUCAGGCAUCCUCUUUCUGAUGUACAUAAUCUUUUCUUCCUUUUUUUUUUUUUUGCUUCGUUUUCAACAGAUAUCACUAUAAGCUGUUUUUUCUCUCCCUCCUGGUAUGUUUUUGUGAAAUAAA